AAAACUCCCAUCUCCGCAGCGGGCAACGUUCAUUAUCGGGAGAACGUCGAAGCGAGAGUAUUCACGUUGCUUCCUACCGAACGUCGUACACCGCCCGCGGCGAGAGAAAGAGAGAGAGAGAGGUAUUCGACGAAGAUCACUCGAGAACGCUCCGAUAAUUCCCUACCGCACAAAAGCAAACAUGAAGUUCCUUGGAGUAUUGUCCGUUCUUUUCCUGACCGUCUCCGCGGAGUAUUGUUACACCGACGUUGAGAGCGCCUGCGGCACAAAUCCCAAAAGUGGUGUAUUAAUGUCAAACUGUAACGCCAAGUAUGGAGCUAUCGAUACCCUCCAGGCCGAUUUACAGGCGUACGCAAACGCCAACAUCGAGACGAGUUUCGAGUUUCUCCUCAUGUCCACGCAUUUUGGAAAUUACGAGGCUAAUCGAGAGGGAUUUAAGGGAUUGUACCGCAAACUUUCAGACGAACUGUGGGAGCAAGCGAUAGAUUUGAUGAAAUAUAUCGCGCAGCGCGGUGGCAAGAUGGAUCUCAAUCAGCUCCCACGUACCAAGAAGCCCAUCAAGGACGGCAAGGUACUGGAAUUGACCGAACUGAAUAGUCUGGCCAAGGCACUCGAUAGCGAGAAGCAGCUUGCCGAGGAGGCACUGCGCAUUCACACCCAGGCGCAGCAUCACACCAAGCAGGAUGCUGCCAUCGCUCAUUAUAUCGAGGAACAUUUCAUGGAAUCGUUGUCCGAACGCGUGAGACUGCUGGCGGGUCAUUCGAAUGACCUCAAGAACAUGCUGGAAGAACGUGACGCAUCAGUCUCCGUAUUCCUGUUUGACGAGUACCUUAAGAAAACUUUGUAAAGGAGCCCUCUACAAUUAUGACUUAGAACACGUACAUAUAAUAUAUAUAGUCUUCAGUUAUAUUAUUAUUACUGUUUUUUUGCUCUAUCACCAAUGUUAGAUCUUUUAUAUGUAAAAUACAAGAAAUAAACGCAUGUAGAAAUUUAUUUCUUCUAUAUAUUCUGUAACAUAACAAUACAUGUAUGCAUGUAUGUAUGUAUAAUGCAAUAAAUACAACUUUGAAUAGCUA